GAAAUUCCAACCUAUAAUGACACAACGACAAAGUCCGUUAUUGAACUCCAAGUGGAUGAUUUCGUGCCAACAUUUUUUGGUCAAGAAUCCCUAGUUUUUCCUCCUAUGACUGACGAACAGAUCAGGAAUAUCGAUAUCCUUGCAGGAGUGAUCUUCGAGACAACCCGUCGUCCUUCACUAGCAGGUGAAGAUCCAGCAACAAUCACUAGACCACCAAAUAUUGAGCAUCGGGCUCGAAUUGACCAUGGCGUUGUGGUGUAUGAGUAUAACAUUGGUUACGGUAAAGAAUCCCUUACAUCGCCGAACGCCGUACUCCCACACGAGUGGAACACAAUUCGACUGAUCAACAACGAUACAAAAGCCGUUCUACAGCUCAACUCUGGUCCUCCAAUAAUAAAGCCACAUCACCCCACCAGGUUUGAGCAAGGUACAAAUGGACCAGUUUAUCUGGGAGGACACGUCGAGCCUACGGAUCCCAACCACACCCAUCAAGGAUUCAAAGUGAUAAGCUCAAUGACCGUGUCGGGAAAGCCCGUAGAUCUUGGAAGUGUGGUACGAUCGCCUCAUAUGGUGUCCCAUGACUCCUGUGCCCACGUCCUUUGCUUACAUUCAUCUCGUUGUAGAAAUGCCAAUAUUCCUAAGGGUUAUGAGUGUAUCUGCCCCCUGGAAUACACCGGUGAGCACUGUGAAAGAAGGUCCUACCAUGACAUUUCGAUGAACUUGAUCUCGUUGAUGGUGAUUCGAGGUGGGCGACACAUGGCAGUGCGUGUGUCCCCUGAAUGCCACGGGGCUACGGUAACUAAAUUGUUAUAUUGUGAAGUACCUGUGCACACUCCACUCGACGGUGGUCUGGGCUUCGGUGCCGACACAUCCUUCAUGACGAUGCCAAGACCAAAAGACUUGGAUCAUUUCCAGGUUUCCAUGAGUCUGAAACCCCAAGAUGUGGAACAGGAUCAUAUGCUGCUGUACGUAGGAGCCGAUUAUGAUCCUGAUUCAUCAACCCCGCCUGGUUUGUUAAUAUCCCAACUCACUAUAAGUUGGUCUUCUUCAGGUCGCGAGGAAUUACGAAGUUUGCCGAUAGAACCUGGUGUCGAAUAUACUGUGGUGCUGUCCCGCAACGAUUCUAACGAACUGAAGACAUUCGAACCAGGGACCGAUCUUUUCGUAGGCGGCCUACCUCCUGGACUCGACAUUCCUGAUGACGUUCCUGCCACUUCGUUCUUUGGAUCUCCAUCCCCGACGGAAGCGACUACGACGGAAGAACCGGUCCACGUCUACGAAACAGACAAAGACUCGGAUGCUCCUGAACCUAUAAUACCCAAAGUGGAUGAAUUUGAAGAACAAGAAGUAAAAGAAGAAGUAGUAGAAGAAGUAGUAGAAGGUAAAUGCGAGAAAUUCGCCUAUUCAACGACAAUUUUCACGAUUGAAUCCCUUCCAGAACUGGUGACCGAAGUUCCUUUAUGGGUAAAUACCACCGAAGAAGUGUGCAUUGACCAUGGAUGCGGUCCGAAUGGCGAAUGUAUCGCAGUGAAUCAGACCUACUACAGAUGCCAAUGCAAUUUGUAUUAUGACGGUCCUCGUUGCGAUUUGUGUGAAGAAACAGCGUGGAUCGGUGUUUCCCAAGUGAAAAAAGGCUUCGACAAAACCAUUAAAAAGGGGAAAAGUGAAAGAGUGGGGCGUCCGGACGAGCUAAACAGUGUGUUUCACAGCGCGCGUGUGGGUGCUGGCGCGAAUAACAGACAAUGGUAA